AAAAAAAAGAGAUGGCGGGAAACGAAUCACAGAAGCAAUUCCUAACUCUUCUCCGCGAAUUCGCAUCUGAAAAAUCUCAAGGAGAGCGAAGAAUAGUAAAUCACAAGAAGCGAAAUCAACAGCUGCAAUCAGAGCUUGAACUUGCAUAUGCGGAGGUCGAAGAGGCGAAGAAUCAGAAGGAGAGUGCUGAGCAAGAGCUCAAAGGCUAUGAAGUAGAAUUGACCAGGAAUGAGUCUGCAAUUCAAACCCUAGAGGAAGGGAUCCUUUGGAUUCAAGAUGAAUUAUCAGCGUAUGGAUCUAAUGUUGAGUCUCUCAAGAAUAAAGAAGCAGAAACUCGAGAUGACUUCAUAGAGAAAAUGCUUGAGCUCAAUGCACAGAUAAGGAAAUUCCAUGAGUCAAUAGCAUCUAUAUUCCGAAAUGAUAAUUGCAGCGAGUCAGCAUCAAUGCCUGGUCCAGCUAAAGCCAAAGGAGAAGAUGCUGAAGCUUUCAAAAGAGAACUCCAGAGUAAGCUAGCUCAGAUAGUUUCUCAGAUCACUAAGGAAGAAGAGGAAUACCAAGUUGAACAGAAUAUUCAUAGGCAGGCAAGUCAUUGUGUUUUUGUUAGACCUGUCUGUUCUCAUACCUUUCUUCUGUUGAUGUUGUCUGGUUAUUAGUAUUAGGAGAACUGUGAUCAGUGUGGUGUUUUUCAGAUUGAAGAAGAGUUGAAUAAUUUGGAAAGAAAAGCAUCACUGAUAGAGGGAAUCACAAAAGAAAAU